CCCACCUCCAAAACUCAUUUCGCAUUUUAUCAUCACCAGACCUAACCCGCUAUUCUUUGUCGAUAAGAGAGAAGAAUGGGUCCACAAGCAAAAAGGAGAAAGGUGGCCCCGAAGGUCGAAGAAAUCAACUUCGACUCUGCCGACCGCCAGCAGUUCCUCACAGGCUUUCGCCGGCGGAAGCAACAAAGAAUCAAGCAUGCACAGGAGGUGGCUAUUGAGAAGGCUCGGGAGAUGAAGAGGGAACACCGGAAAAAGAUCCGGGAAGAACGAGCUGCGGAUUUCCAGCAUGCGCUAGAAGAGCACCGCAAACAACUCAAGAGGCUGAAGGAGGAAGAUCGCGACAGCGAUGAUUCCUCGUCCGGGAGCGAGGAUGGAGACGAGGAUCAGGAGUGGGAAGGAUUCGAAGAGCCACCGGCCGUCGAUUACGAAGCCGAAUACAUAGACGAAGAUAAAUACACCACGGUGACGGUGGAGGAGAUGGAUCCCUCGAGAGAAGGUCUGCUUCGAUACGCAAGCGAUGACUCUGAUGCGGAGAAAGAGCAACCUGCGCCGGCCCCUGCAGCGGACGACAAGUCGAAACCUCCGGCCACACAGAGCAAAAAGAAGAACGCCGAUAAUAAGCCCAAGAAGAAGAAGAAGAAAUUCCGCUACGAAAGCAAGGACGAACGCAGGCAGACCCGGAUGAAAGAACGCAUGUCGAAUUCCAGGAAGGCAAAGGCUCGACGAGAACAGUGAGAAGGGUGAGAAGGAAGUGAGAACGGCCAGAACACUCAGUCUUGUACAGCGGCGGCACAGCACAUACAUGAACCAUCCAUCAGCUCAGAAUACAGAAGCCAGAGGGGGCACUCCCAUUAAAUAUGCUCUAUGUACCUUCACAACGAAGACUAAUAUGUUAAAGAUAAAAAGGAGAACAAAGUCACAAGGACAUGCGGAGAGACCGGUUGAUGGGAGGGACAAGGCCAGCUAGAUGACAAGACGAAAAGAUACUACUAAAUCCGUCUCCUGCCGAC